GCAAAUCGAGUAUACACAUUUUGGUGGUCCCACGGAAUAUGUGAUUCAUGCUAUCAAGGCCAAUCUGACUGGGUCGCUUUCCGCCUUCACGCCGCUACUUCAUCGCAUGGUACAGAAGAACAUGCCAAAUAUCCUCGGAAAAUACAAAGACUGGACUCCCGUCAAAGUCCACGACAGAGUACUUCGCCUCAUCGCCACCAACAACGCCCGCGUCUUCCAAGGCACAGCCGCCAGUCUCGACGAAGAAUGGCUCGAAGCAUCUACCGGCUACGUCCUAGCAUGCUUCGACUGCAUUCGCGCUCUUAAGCAGUGGCAUCCUUGGCUCCGACCCCUCAUAUACAGAUUCAUCCCUGAACGCGCAGCAAUCAAAGAUCAAUGGACAAAAGGUCGCAAACGAGUCAUGGCUUCUAUGCGUGAGAGACAGGAGAAAGGGGGUAAUGUGGAGGAUCCGCCUACUAUGCUGGAUCAUUUGAGUAAUGGGAGGAAUGAACCUAUUGCGAAUGAUAUUGAGCUGCAGUUGCUGCAUCAGAUGACGUUGAUUGCUGUUGGGACUGUUACUACGUUUUCGUCGACUACGCAGGCUAUUUAUGACCUUGUGGCUCAUCCGGAGUAUAUUCCUAUUCUUCGAGAGGAAGUUGAAUCUGUGCCUCGAGAUCAAAAUGGUAAUUUCACUAAAGACUCGACGGUGGCUAUGGAUAAGCUUGACAGCUUUCUCAAAGAAAGCCAACGUUUCAACUCACCUGAUCUCACAACUUUCCAACGCGCAGCUAUCGCAGACAUGAAACUCCCAGACGGGACAUUCGUUCCCAAAGGCACCAAACUGGAAAUCAACACUUGCUCCAUCCAUAAGGACCACGAGUUGUAUGAGAAUCCAGAGGAGUUCGAUGGCCUUCGCUUUCAUAAAUGGCGCAAAGCUCCUGGUAAGGAAAAGAAGUACAUGUACUCCAGCAGUGGGACAGAUGAUCUGUCUUGGGGUUUUGGACGACAUGCAUGCCCAGGGCGGUAUCUGAGCGCUAUCAACAUCAAGCUCAUCAUGGCGGAGUUGUUGAUGAACUAUGAUAUCAAGUUGCCUGAUGGCGUGAGCAGGCCUGCGAAUAUCGAGUUUGAAGUGCUGGUAAGUUUGAAAACUUGA